GUGGAGGAAACGAGAUGGGAGGGACAGAGACCUGGAAGUGCGACUGUACAUCUGUGCUUGGACCAAAACUAGAGAGCGAUGGCCCAGGUGAAGGCAGCAGGUGGAACACAGAGGAGCCACCAAGACUUCGCAGAACUUUACUCUGACAUGGCUACAGUCAGCUCCAGUGCAGAUAUAGGUGAGCCUGGGAGGAAAGGAGCAUUGGGCGAGACCUCCGUGACUGUAGGCCUCAGCAGGGGAAGCAAAGCCUACCCUUCUCCUGCCAGGAGGCGCCACCGCACAACCUUCAGUCACAAGCAGCUGGAACAGCUGGAGUUAGCUUUCCAGCAAAAUCAGUACCCUGACAUCUACUGCCGGGAGGAGCUGGCUCGCAUCACCAAACUCAAUGAAGCUCGCAUACAGGUGUGGUUCCAGAACAGAAGAGCCAAACAACGCAAACAUGAGCGAGCAACCCAGAAGGUGUUUCCUGUGGGUGUGAUGACAGGCCACAGGGCGCUGAUGGGGGGCAUGCCUCGGCAGUAUUACCCCCAGCAAUUGGCUCACAUCCCCCAUCUGUCUUCCAUGCUUCCAUCAGGGGCUUACUCCCGCCACCAAGGCCAAGUCAGCCGCUGCCCUUGUCCCAGCAGCCCCCAACAGCCAGCACCUCAGCACCAGCAUGACGACUGGUACGGAUCUCUACGAAACAACCUGGCAUCACCCAUGUUCCCUCUGGGCCCCAUGCAGCCUCUGGAUACAGCUUCCCCUUGGAGCUAGGAAGAAAAGGAAAACUGCACAACCCACACGGUCGUCCCUGAUCUGCAUUUCAAUUUUUUUCUACAUAAACCAACAAUAAAAACUGUAAUUUUAACUCCAUUGAAAUGCAUGUAAAAUGUUAAAGAUAUCUUUGCUUUAAGCUUUGGUUCAUUUUGAGAUCUACAUGAUCUAUAAUCCUGAUUUGGAAAGUUGUUUUUCUUUUUUAUUUCUGUUCCUUUGCCUGACCAUUGCUCCCUGGUGUCGUCGCCACUGAAAUCUUUCCUCAUAAUCUGUGAAAUUAAAGUAUAGCAGGUUUCUCCAUAUCCAUCACUGAUUUGUAAAAAGAUAGAAAAAAGUAAAAGUAUGGGUUAUUUUGCUUAGUGAAAGUAAAAAAGUUCAAAAAAGUA